AUGCACGGGAAAAAUAAAAAAGACAUAAAUUUAUUGGAUGACGAAAGCAGAUCGCCAUUAGUGCGCGUUCAUGCUCCCCAAGAUGAAGUUGGAAUAUUUCGAAGGGGUAGCAAAGCUGGAUAUAAAAAUUGGAGAUCGAGAAGUAUGAGCGCAUGGAGUGUUGGAAGCAGAGCAAGUUUUAAACUUGAAGAAAGUUUUACUUUUGCGUGUAAGGAAUCAUAA